GCGGGACGAGAGGAGCUGCGCGUGCGCAGUGUGCGCGGUGACGUGCGGGCCCGCGCGGUGAGUAGAUGCGGCGGUACCGUCCCCGGGAGCCGCGCGGACGUUAUAAAUGGCGCCGAAGCAGGACCCAAAGCCCAAGUUCCAAGAUGGUGAGCGUGUCUUGUGUUUUCAUGGGCCUCUCCUAUAUGAAGCAAAGUGUGUGAAGGUUGCCAUUAAAGACAAGCAAGUAAAAUACUUCAUUCACUACAGUGGGUGGAAUAAGAACUGGGAUGAGUGGGUACCAGAGAGCAGAGUACUCAAAUACGUUGACACCAAUCUACAGAAGCAGAAAGAACUUCAGAAGGCCAAUCAGGAUCAGUAUGCAGAAGGGAAGAUGAGAGCUGCAGCUCCAGGAAAGAAGACUGCUGCGCUUCAACAGAAAAAUGUAGAAGUGAAAACAAAAAAGAACAAGCAAAAAGCACCAGGGAGUGGGGAAGGUAGUAGCACCAGCGAGGCGCCCCAGCCUCCACGCAAGAAACGGGCGCGUGUUGAUCCCACCGUAGAGAGCGAGGAGACUUUUAUGAACAGGGUUGAGGUGAAAGUGAAAAUUCCUGAGGAGUUGAAACCUUGGCUUGUGGAUGACUGGGAUCUCAUCACACGGCAGAAGCAGCUCUUUAAUCUUCCUGCCAAGAAAAAUGUGGAAGCUAUUCUAGAAGAUUAUGCUACAUACAAGAAAUCACGUGGCAAUACCGAUAACAAGGAAUAUGCUGUGAAUGAGGUUGUGGCUGGAAUAAAGGAAUAUUUUAAUGUCAUGCUGGGCACGCAACUGCUCUACAAAUUUGAACGCCCUCAGUAUGCCGACAUUUUGGCAGAUCACCCUGAUGCUCCGAUGUCUCAGGUUUAUGGUGCACCUCAUCUUUUGCGUCUAUUUGUUCGCAUUGGAGCAAUGUUAUCCUACACUCCAUUAGACGAAAAGAGUCUGGCCCUGCUACUCAACUAUCUGCAUGAUUUCCUAAAGUAUUUGGCCAAAAAUUCCUCUAUGCUGUUUAGUGCAAGUGACUAUGAGGUGGCACCCCCAGAAUACCACAGGAAGGCAGUAUAGUGUCAUAAAAGGCUUCCUCUGCCUUGGACGAGGUUUUUUGCAUCAGAGACUUGCUCCAUGACUUACUAGAAAUACCUGGAAUAAUUUUCAUUGUGCAUGUCACUGCUUCUCUACGUCAAUUUGAUUGGAUAGAGUAAAUAUUUGAGAGCUAGAAAAGAGCUUGUGGAAAGUAUGUCACUGAACAGCAGCUUCAUUGAACUAAAACCGUAAGCAACACCCGAACUCACCCGUGAUCCAUGGAUGUUUCUGAACACUAUUACUUGCUUCCCUCAAAGCACAAUGGCAGCCUUGACUCUGUAAUAUGAUGGCUCUGCCAUGGUUCCCAUAUGGUUACAUAUUCUGUUUUGGGAGGGGGGGAAUCAUUUCUUUCUAAAGAUUUACCAUGGAAGCUUUUAUGCUUUUACACCAAUAUGUAACAAAUGGACCUUCUAUUUAUAGGAACAGACUGCACAGCGUUUCAUAAUUUCCAUAUUUACCUAUGAUUCAUGGAUCAUUUCAGUAUUCCUUUUUGGAUAUUCCACAUUGCAGUUUCCAGGACAAACUUCAUGGAGUUUCUAACACCUGUACACUUUCAACAGCUGCCUUGGCCAUUUGACUCCUCUCUUCUAAAAGCUGCCAUGAGCAAGCUACUAAUGAGAUGACCGCUGUAUGUUUGCGUAAAGACGACUUAAUGCUCAUACAAGUGUGUUGCUGUUGCAAAAUCUACAUUGUGAAUAGCACUGCACCAACAAACCGGAAAAGUCUCAGAGAAACAUUGAAGGCAUCACCCUCAUAUCAAAUGGUGGUUGUACUUUUUUUGUAUAUAAAGCGUUAUUGGGACUGCUGAGUGCAAAAAAUAUGUGCUCACCAGAGAAUUUGAAAGAAGCAAGAUAACACCCUUGGUGGAUUCAUUGGUGGCUUUGCAGGAUUGUUGAAACUUGCUGAUCAGUGUUCUACUUGAGCACUGCAGCCAUGCGCCAGCCUGUUCAUGUAUCUGACAUGUCCAAACAGUCACUGCCUCUCUUGUAACAGAUUUUUGUGUUUCUACCCCCCAGGGAGGGUGUUAGUAUUUCAUUCCACUUAUUGUGAGAACACAUUAUGUAUAUAGCUUUUACUUUAAUUAAAAAAACAUAUAAAUUUCCUGCUGUGGGUAAGUUGCUUUCCAUCUUUGGUAGUCAAAACAUUAAAAGUUUAAGUCUUUAUGAAUAAAUUUCGUAUUUAUAAAGAUUGCAAUGCCUUAGAACUUUUAUUGCAACAUCUGAAUGGUGCAGUGUUUGAACACUAAAAGCAAUGGACCUCAGCACACAGUAUGAAGGCAGCAAAUUGCUAUAAACUGGAAUGUGAGAAAUCUGCCAGCCUUAAUGUGACUUUCACAAGCUGCACAUGCUGAGUUUGUACUUUCUUUUUCUAAGGUCACUUAAGAAAAGAUUUAUUUUAGCAGAUUUCGAAUGAUCUAUAUACACUGUAAUCCACAGCUGGAAAUUUGUGUUUAUAAUCUCAUCUUUGUGCAUGUUCUAUGUAUUGCUUUUGAAAUACACAUGUAUGAAAGAUUGUAUAAAAACAAAACGCUGUCAUGCCAUUUGUGCAUUUUAAAGUAGAAAAUAAAGUAUUCCUUACCAAA